CUUUGUGAUUGAUAGUGUGAGUGAGUGCGUGCGUGUGUGUCAAAUCAGAAAUAGUGUUCGUGCUUUAACACUACGAGCGGUGCUAGUUGCCCUUUCUCGUAUGUGUGUAUGUCAUAGAGUGGUUUCUUCUUUACAACCGCUCUGAUAAAUUGCAACUAAUGUUUAUUUUACAAAGGAAGUAUCCACGUUCUGCUUCUUAUUAAGACUACAACAGAGGAAGAAGAAGCAGAGGAAGCAUAAGCAUUGUAGUUGAAUUACAAAGAAGAAGUCUUACGUACUGCGGCGCCAUGGUUGAAUCAUUGCUGGGACAAUGACAGAUAACAAUGCUGCUUUAUCCUCUUCCCGAACCGCAGCAAGAACACUAACAGCCGCCACUGGCACUACGGUUGUAGUUCGUAACACUACUGCAACUAUCUACACUGCUGGUAAUACUGGACUCGGGACGUCUGGACCCUGUUCGCCCCUAAGACAUUUGUCGUCUUCGCCUUUACCUUCACCUACAUCAACGAGGCAGAAGGCUAUUAAAGAAGGUGCUGAUUGCGGCGUUUACAAUACAGAUCAGCAUCGAGAACUACCGCAACAGCUGCAGAAGAAGAAAAAGAAACAGAUGCAAACACCAGCGCCUGAGCAAGAUGUCUCACUACAUAAUCACAUCCCCCGUCAUCGUUCCCAACAUCAUCAGCAUCACCACUCUUCGUCACCUGUUCCCAAGGAAGCGACGGAUGCGUCUACUCUUGACUAUGUUUCCAGCUGCCCUGCACAGAGUAAAAAAUAUAUUAGUCGAAUGUCGUCUCAUCAUUGCCAACAAGGUAAAGCCUAUCAUGGCACUGGAGUGACCGACACGGAUGAAAUACCCGAACUGGUUCGAAAUCCACUGUCGUUUGAUUCUCCGACGUCAUCUGUGGAGGUUUCCCCGAGGCAUACCCCUUCUUCGACUAAACGCAUUCUUCCAUCAGUUCCAUCCUCACCCCACCAACACCGCCCUCAUCGUCACCGAUCGAACAGUGGACAAAGUAGUCGAUCGUCUUCAUCAUCCCCUUCUCGUCAUAAUACAGCUGUCUCGAGCAGUCCUCCUGGCAGCGCAAGCGAUAUUGCUAAAGGAAGUCACAAGAAAAUUCUGCCUCCAUCUCCCAUAGUCAUUGAUUCUCAUGUUCGAAGUACAAGGAAAAAAGUGGAUGGAGGUAGUGGCAAUGUUAAGUCUGCACCGGUCUUCCCCAGUCCAGCCCCUUUUGUCACCGAACGUUCAAUUUCAUGUCCAUCUCCAUCAUCUAGUGGACCAGGCAGCCCGGCCCGUGCUACGCCAGCAUCACCAUAUCUGGAUACCAGAAGGAAAGAUGAUAUCGUGCUCCCUCCAACCAGGUCAUCAGCUGCAGCCCGAGCCCGUUCCAAUAAGCAAUCUUGUAAUGUCACAUCAUCAUCAUCAACAACAACUACAGCUAACACUACGGUUAAUGCUACCGUUACAAGUAGCAAAAUCACCAACUACAAAAAUAUUGUGGAAGCUGAUAAACACAGAUCUUAUUUACCGUCGGAUCAAAAACCUCCGAAUGAUUUAACUUCCUAUACUCGUGGGACCACAUCAUUCAGUAAUGUUGCCGGAGACGGGCUUCCUAAACCGUCUGGGGAGACGAAACACAGAUCUUCCUCAAGCGAUAAACAUAACUUAAGUAACAUUGAUAAUAGUUUUAUUCAAAACUUUUAUAAAACGAACCAAAAACUUGUUCAAUUAAGGGAUUCUCAACCUACAUAUAGGAUUUCAAGUAAGCACAGAGUCGGCCACGAUAUCGCUGCUGAUAUUCGAAGUGGUUACAACACUAGUCCUAUUCUUAGAAAUACUGACACUAGUAGCAAUAGAAAACACACAAACUACAGCCACACUCUUGGUAGUAACACCGCGUAUACUGAUUACAAAGGUAACUACAGUAGUUUUAGUAAAGAUAGUGGCUAUGGUAGCGCCGGUAACACGAGCGAUUAUGGAAGUUAUUCAAGUAAAUCCAGCAGUCACAAUAGAGGAAAAGUCAAAAGCCAUGACAAAAAAAUGAAAGGUUCCAGUGAAGAGGUGUUCUGUGUGGAAGAAAAACCCAACCGCCCUUCUUCCAAAGAACAUGUCUACUAUACAGCUGACCGACCGAGUCGUAGUAAGAUACCUACAAGUAGUGGGAGCAGCCACCGUGCCAGUAGUGUACCUGCCCGACGUUCUAUGUCAGUUAGUGAAUUUGCAAGUACUUCAAUAGACCCCUCGCCUAGUAAUGGCCAAUCUGAAGGGGAAAACCUUGAAAAAGUCAAAUCAAAACUCAUGUCUAUGUGGAACAAUGUAAAAUAUGGUUGGACGUUGAACCGAAAGACAAGUUUUCGCUAUGACAGCCCUAUUUUCCUCCUUGGAGAACAUUAUCAUAGACGACAUGAUGAUGAAGUUGAUGGCAAAGGCAAAGAGAUUGGUCAGAGUAAUCGUGUGAACAAUAUGGAGCUGUUUAAAAUGGAUUUUGCAAGUCGACUAUGGUUUACAUAUCGGCGUGACUUUGAACCUUUUAAGGGCACUAAGUUCACAACAGAUUGUGGGUGGGGUUGUAUGAUACGGUCUGGGCAGAUGAUGUUAGCACAAGGAUUUAUUACACAUUUUUUUGGCAGAGGUUGGCGGCUUCAGCAUCGGGAUAAAGACCUGAAUGUUUACCGCCAGAUUAUUAAAUGGUUUGCAGACUACCAACAGUGCCCCUUCUCUGUACAUCAGCUAGUGGAUAUUGGCUCAACUCUAGGACGGAAGCCUGGAGAAUGGUAUGGGCCAGCCACUGUAGCUACAAUGCUGAGAUUGGCAAUGGAGAAGAGUUAUGAGUGCCAACCUGUUCUAAGGGAGAUGUGCGUGUAUGUAGCUGCCGACUGCACUGUUUAUUUACAAGACGUAGCAGAUUUAUGUAUGUCUGGCAACAACAACACUUUGUUGAAGGUGCCUAACGACAGCGAUGGAAAUGAAGGGAACCAUGAAGUGCCUGAGCCUGAUUCUGGCAACCGCUGGAAACGGGCAGUGGUGGUCCUUAUUCCUGUUCGUCUUGGUGGAGAAACCCUUAACUCUGUGUACAUUCCAUGCCUUCAGAGUCUGCUUGCAGAAGAACAUUGUAUCGGUAUUAUUGGUGGAAAACCAAAGCACUCUCUCUACUUUGUUGGUUGGCAGGAUAAAAAGUUGAUAUACUUUGAUCCUCACUAUUGCCAAGACAACAUUGAUGUGAUGUCUGGAGAUUUCCCAUUUUCAUCAUUCCAUUGCACAACCCCAAGGAAACUUCCAUUUGAAGACAUGGACCCCAGCUGCACCAUAGGAUUUUAUUGUCGCAACCAAGGAGAAUUUGAAAAAUUUGUAACCCAAAGCAAAGAUCUGAAACAAAAAGGACUCUAUCCAGCAUUUGCAUUUGUUGAUGGCCGAAGUGGUGACUUACAAAUGGACAAAUUAGAAUUAAAUGAAGAACGCUACCUCCGUAUCCGUUAUGUUGACCAAGAUGGCAAACUAAAGCAGCCGACCAGUGAAAGUGAUGACUUUGUUGUCCUAUGAAUAAGGAAUGACAUCAUCACCGACCAGAACGAUAACAGUGUUUCCUACACUGUUUCAGUCUCUAGAAAUAUUUGUUAGUAUUUAUAAAUCAUUGUCAGUUUGGUAGGCACCAAAAUUUACCAUUUUUAUGUUCUUUAUGAAAAAAUAUGUCCCCACGUGUUUUUUUUGUUUUUUUGGCAAUUUGUUUGUUUGUGUUUAUAUUCCAUCCUUAUACCGAGAGCUAAACUGCUCUGUUAUUGCUAUAUCCCACCUGUCAUUUAUUGAUUCCUUCUUCAUUAAAAUCUUGGUUCCUUGUUCUAUAGUCAUUUCAAAUUUCAUUUCUUUCAUCUUUCUUUUGCUACCCACUAAGCUCUUUUCAGUUCCUUAAUUAUCACCUUACUUCCUUACUUGAUGUUAGACUUACUUUCCUCUUCCUUUUGUUACUAAUUCCUCCCACAUCUCCCUUGCCAUAUUCCAUCAUCCCUUUCAAUUAUUUCCUUGUUAUUGCUACCUCUUUCUCAUUUGCUCAUCAUUGAUCUUAUCCCCCUUCCUUGUCUCAAACCUCAUCUUUACUCCAUCCAGUUUCCUCCGUUGUAGGCCCUAGCUUCCAUCUGUCACUGUUUCUCCCCUACCCAACCUUAUUCAGUAUCCUCAACUUCUUUAUUCCCUAUGCCUCGCCUACCUCUUCUUUACCUCAGUAUUCACUUCUGUCUUUUGUUGAUUGCCUGAUGCAUCAGUUUCUCUCAUUCUUUCUCACUGUGAAUAAUUUGAAUCCUAUUCUCCCAAAUCAAACAUAUAUCAAUGUCAACAAAUAAACAUCACUAUUCAUCUACAGCAGCAACACUACAACCACCACCACCACCAGCAAUGCUAGAGGUCUAAGACUUGCAUGAGCAUGCAUGCUACACAAGGAAAGCUAAAAACCUUUUCACCCCACAGUAAAGCCUUCAAUGUACACCACAUUAAUAAUAUAUAUUCUCAAAUGUUAGCAGACUACUCAAAAUUUUGCUCUAAACUGGACUGUUCAAGACUAUUGUGAACUAACACAAAUGGUCCUGCUGAGGGCAAAACUGAGCCAAUUAUCAGCUUUUAACCUAAACAUAUCUAUUCACUCUACCUAGCAAAUAGUGUCUGAACUAUGUAAAACAUGUAUUUAAUAUAUUUUGCAAUUCUUACACUAUGAUACACACAAACAUAUAUAUAGGGUUAUUAUAAAGUUCUUAAGCAAUUUUAAAUAUGUAUAACUUCAGUUCUACAUAUCAUAUAAUUUAUCUGUGAAAAACGGUUAAGUGAAAGAAAGCAUUACAUUUUUAAUCGAUUUAUUCUUAAAAGUGUUCAUUUUCAACAUGUCCACUAUCAUUUCAGUUCUGAAGUUCUAAAAAUAUGUUUGAAUCACAUAAAUUAUCCUAGCACCCAGGUCAUCUAUCAAGUGAACUUUAAUUAAAUAAACAAUAGCCUUUACAUGUUCCUAUAAAAUAAAGUGAAGUAACUAUUAAACAUUUUUUCAAAAAUUAAAUAAUUUUAAUGAAUUUUUAAUUGAUAGCAAUAAAAUUACUUCAUUUAGCUUUUAAAUGUUUUUUACAUAUUAAACUCUAUCAUUUGCAGCAUCGAAGUUAUAAGAAUUUAGGAUAAUAUCAAAUUGUACAUUAUAGUUACUCUGUAUGUAUCUCUCUCUACCUAUAUAUCUAUAUAUAUAUAUAUAUAUAAAUAAAUAAGUAUGUAUAUUUAUGUGUGUGUAGCAUCCAGCUAUGGAAACCAUGUCAAAUCAGACUGAAGUCUGGUGCAGCCUCUCAGCUUGCCAGCAUGGAUAAUGGACGUUAAAUGAUGAUAGAUUGGAGCCUGUUGUAGCCAUCUGGUUUCACCAGUCCUCAGUCAAAUCGUCCAACCCAUGCUAGCAUGGAAAGCGGAUGUUAAACGAACGAUGAUGAUAUAUAUAUAUAUAUACACACACACACAUGCACAUAGACAUAUAUUGGAAAGAGAACAAAAGCUACACUAUUUAUAAUGUUACAGGGCUGUAUUAUAAGCUAUUAUGGCCAUAAGUUCAAAUCUUACUAUAACCAUUGUAAUCUGCACUGAAGCAAAGGUACAUAAAGCCUAUUGCUUCAGUGUGUGUAGGUGGUGGAAAAUAGGGGUUUUUUUCUUAAUAGAAAGGGCAUCAUUAUUUUAGUAAGAAAAGAUAACAUACCAUCUAUACAAAUACAUAUAUCAGGUAUGUCCCUCCCAUGACUAAAUACUCAGGAUAGGCAGUAGGCAUUAAAUAAAGUAAAUUUUCAAAAGGUCUUUUAUGAGACAAUAUGUGAAAAUGUCUACUCUCAAAUAUAUAUAUGUUUACACACAUAAGUAUAUAAAAAGUUUGUAUUGUAUUUAAAAAUGUGUGCAAACACUAUUUUAUAAUCAAGAUGUUAGAUACAUAUUUGUGUAUGUAUAUAUAUAUAUAUAAUUUAUAAUAUAUUAUUACUGUUUUAUACAUUCACAUAAUAUGAUGUAUAUCUUGAAAAUUAGCUCAAUCGUUAGAAGCAAACAAGCAUGCAAUGUAACUCACACACAUGCACUCCUCACUCUGUAAUGAUACACCAAGCAGUUUUCAUCCUACAUUUUAUACCUUCUGCAACAUGUGGGACUAAUAAACUUUAUGCAUUAGUCUAUACAUUAUAGUUGAAGGGCAGUAGAUAUAGCUGUCUGACACCAAAAUUUAACCAUUUACUGAAUUGUACACUGAAUUCCAUGCAUUAAUUUAACAUUUUCAUAAUGAAUUAGAAAUCAUUUACCCUUUAUAUUAAAUAAUUAAUAUGUAUAGUUUCAGUCUGAAUAGGCAUUGCCUACCUUGCCUACCCAGAUGGUACACUCCUGCUACACACACACACACACACACAUAUAUAUAUAUAUUCCUUAACUUGAUGUAUGUCAGUAACAGUAUUUGGGAGACUAGUUCUGGUCUGCAUUGUUCUGGUUUCAAAUCAGUAUGAAGCAAAACAUUGAGAUUUGUUGGUGUGCAACGAGGAGAAGAAAUAUCUUAAUGUUUUGGUUCAGGCGCCUCCUUCAAAGAAUUGCAGUAUUCUUUCUUGUAAAGGCAAUGUGGUUGAGAAUAAAAUCAAAUGAAUUGAUUAAAUGAGAAUAAGCUAGACAAAGAAAAAUGCUGCAGUUUCAUGGAUGAAAGAUUGCUUGAUGUUGGAUAUUGAUGAUACUCCUCAUAGCAUGCUAACAUAUCAUUUAUUUUCUUUUAAAUACUGGUAUAUUGUUGUGGUUAUAUAGCUCCAGGUCAGUCCUGCUCUUGCAGACCGAUGAUCAAAGAUGUCUUUUAUUCAGACAUAGUGUAUCUCAACUUUUUUUUUUUUUUUUUUUUUUUUUUAAAAGAUGGUAGGGUGUAAUUUGAGGAAGAUUUGGCUGCUAUUUUCAGCAUGUUGAGUGACUAACUAUAAGAGGUUUCCUAAUUAGUUGGACAUACCUAUAUGUUUUUUUUUUGUCUAUAUGAUACUUAGGAGCCUCAAUAACAAAAGCCAAGCCCAGUAAUAAGCUGAAAAUGAGAGACUAAAAUUUUACUAUCAUCAAACCUUUUUUUUUCUUUCUUUUUUUUUUUUUUUAAACUUUUUCAAAAUUCCAAUUGUAGAAAUGGAACUUGUACAUUGUUCUGUGUUGGUGGUGUAGGGGUGGGUGGGGUAUACAACAAACACACACACACACACGCACAAAAAAAAAAAAAAGGAUCAGACAAGCUCAUCUUGCUAAAUCUAUGACUUGAACCUAAAGAUAUCUCAUUAACAAAGCUUUGGAAUUGUAGUUUUUCAUGGGCGGGUACAGGUUUGUUAAGCAUAAUUAUGUGUGAUUGUAUGUGUGUAUAAGAGUCUGUAUAUAUAUAAAUGCUAUGAUUGUAUAACAAAUAUUUAUUUGGCACUCUGCCAUCUCAUUCUCUUUGACUUGUUUACUUAUGUUAGUUAAAUCUUUAUAGCUCAGUUCUUUCCUUAUCUAUCAAUUUGUCUACCUCUUAUUCAUAUGUUUUAGUUACCUAAAAAUCUGUCAGUCUCCCAAGUUAUCUACAAAUACCCCUAUUUACUUCUAUUAAUCUACAUAUACCUUAUUUAUUUACCUAUGAAUCAACCUGUGUCUAAAGAAAGUAUAAGUGUGUGAAAUUGAGAAAUUUAUUUUCUUUUUCUUUUUUUGUUGUUGUUGUUGUUGUUGUUAAUGAAUUUGUUAAAUUUAUUCUAUUGUUAAUCAUAGCUCAUAAAACAAACCAAAUAAUUCACACAUACACACACCCUCACACAAACAAAUGAAAUGAAAUUAUCCUAUGAAAAUCUUACACAAUCAGAAUUUAUCAUUACAAUACAAGAACUUCAUAUUAUAAUCUUUAGGAUUUGGACUUGUGGACAUUUGUGCAAGGAUAUACCUGUAAUGGGACAGGCAUUUCGUGCCUUUGUCACUGUUGUUCAUCAUUGCUUUUACCAUCUUUUAGUAUUUGAGAAAGAGAAAAAAAAAUUCCUAUUUAUGAAACCAGA